AUGUUUGCACCUUGUCCUGUCGUUAUAUCACAUAUAAGCCACUCGGCACGCUCAUUAGCAACAGCGAGACCAAGAUCGCCACCUAACAGAAGAAUACCAUCGCCUUCACGAACGGCUGAGCAGGUACUCGCUGAAGAGCUCGAAACAGCCGCGAGUGUGGUAAAAUCUGACGCUGUACCAAGCGAAUCGGCAGUUCAAAGCGCGUUGAAACUAUGUGAGAAUCUAGCACGGAGCGUUGCGGAGCCGAUUGAGUCUCCAGAGACAUCUACCAGCGUCGAAAAGACUCCAACCUCCAACCUACUGUCUCUCGAUGAACAGUCUCGAGCCCCAAUGAUGUCCUCCCCUACGAAGACGCUAUCAAGACGAAUUCUCGAAGACCCCACUCCCGACAGUAUCUCCUCAACAGCCCACAGCAUCGUAACAGAUCCCAAAGUGUUCAUCACACCGGCUUUAUUAGCUACCUAUCUUUACACACAAUCCGUUCUGGGCCGCCCUGAAUCUUUCCCUGUUAUCUUCGACCUUUAUGCAUCCAAACCGAUACCCCAGCCAGGAAGACUACCAAUCAAGUACAAAGACGCCAAUCCAAAACGUGCUUCCUCAGCGGUGCCCCUUGUCCUCGCGCACUCUGCUUUGACCGCUGCCAUUAAAGCCAAGGAUCUCACUCUCUGCCUCAGUAUCAUAGAUACUAGCGUUUGUACCACGGCUUACAAACGCAGUAAGAUCCUGCGCCGCGCCCUUUUGCCAUUCUCAGGACUGGCAUUGGCGCCUGCUGCGGCCUACGUCCUAGCUGCUCAGCUAGCUCAUUAUCAACACAGUAUGGAUCAUCAGAUGGCGACCAACAUGGCAUUCGCCGGAAUUGUGGCAUACGUAGGCUUCACGGCCACGAUUGGAGUUGUCGCUAUUGCAACUGCUAAUGAUCAAAUGGAUCGUAUAACGUGGGCAACGGGGACACCGUUGCGAGAACGAUGGUUAAGAGAAGAAGAGAGAGCGUUAGUAGAUCGAGUCGCAGGGGCUUGGGGAUUUCAGGACGAGAACAAGAGGGGCGAAGAGGAAGGUGGAGAAUGGGAGGCGUUACGAGAAUGGGCACUAAUGAGAGGGAUGGUUUUAGACAAGCCAGAACUGAUGGAGGGCAUGGAAUGA